AUAACUAACAAACUCUUUAGUGGAAGCGGGUGUGUUUCGGUGUUUUUGAUAAUAAUUAGCCAUCUAACCUUCCGGCUUUAAUUUCGAAAAUGGCUUGAUCUCCCACAAACGAACCUAAUAAACUUACCUGAUUUUACAGAGGUCACACGGGUAGACUGAUUAACUAAUAGCAAUCAAUAACAUCAACUUUUGUGUGGCGAGGAUUCAACACCAAACAGUUCAAGGAUGAGUAUGCAGUCCACCAUCAACAGAGACAUCUUUGUCCCCCUUGAUCAGAAGUUGUUGGUUGCCAUUGAGGUCAAAAGGAGGAAUAGAAGAAAACUUCCAUUUCUAUCUGCAGGCCGGAAAUAUGCCACAUUUAUCUGCUUGUCAGCAACCAACAAGCUCCCUGCUCAGCUCUUCAUCACAAAGGUGAAGCAGUUUGAGGGCUCUCCCCGCCUCUCCAAGACGUCCCAUUGGACGAUAGAGCAGCUCCGUCAGGUGGAUGGCAUUAAUCCCAACAAAGAUUGCCCAGAGUUUGACUUGGCCUUUGAGCGCACCUUUGACCAGUGGGUGGCCGGAUCUGAAGCAGAGAAGUGCAUGUUUAUCCAGAUCCUCUACCAGGCCUGUCAAAACUACUGGAUGUGCAAGGAUGGUCAGACCAACCCAGGUGAGGUCAAGGACCCCCAGAAACCUGGCAAAGUAGAGGCCCGCAAGGGACCCGCCGUUCCUCGGACAAGCUUCAUCAACUGCCAGUCCAAACUGAUGGAGGAUGCCUGCUCAAUGAACAUGGUUAUCUACCGCUGCAAGAUCUUCCUGAACCAAAUGAAAAGCGCCAUGCGCCCCCCUCCACAACGCCGCCCUGCUGGUCAAGGAAAGUCAGCUGGGGUCAAAUCCAGGACACCGUCCCCAGCCCGCCCGGCUCGGGGCAGCAUGAAAAAAGCUGUCCGCAGGGCUAGCCAGGCGCUGGGUGAACGAGGGGAUCGCUUGUGGCGCGCCGAGGACAAGACUGCCCACAUGAAGGACAGUGCCAAGCGUUUUUCGGACUCGGCACACAAGUUGGCUCUGAAGUAUAGCUGCUGACAGUGAGAAUAUUGUUGAAGGGCACCCCACUACACGUGCAGGCCAUCGCAUGGGAAUAUAGUUCCUAUUUGUAAUAUCACUAAUGUUGGUUGUGUGAGUGGCUGUACUCUAUUUUAUUUUAUUAAUUUAUUUAUUGAGUGUGGCAGUCAACAGGCCAUGCACAAAUUGCUCCUUUUUGUGUCACUUGAAUCAGUGCAUCAGCACACAGUGCUGUCCCCUGUGGACAGCACAGACGAUAAAGAGUGGCACCAUCACCCCCCAGCUAAGAGCAUGGCUUUUCUCAGCUGGCCAGGGCUGGAGGAAGAGCACAUGAUUCACUGUGUAACCACAGUGUGACCUGGAUGACACUAGAUGGCGCCAGUGAGCCACAAUGCUCUUACUGUCUCUCAAGUGUUUACCCAGUGGGUCUGUUGCUGACUGAAGUCAUGAGGACUUUUUAACGAUCUUUUAAAAGGGAAUUCCAACGAUUAUUAGACAAGCCAAUUAAUGUGUAUAUUUGGCUGUGAAAAAGUGUGUUAAGGUCUAAAUGACCCAGAAGUCUUUUGUUCUCUUUGGAUUGAUGCACACUUGAAUGGUCAAAACAAAUUGGAUUGACCGCAUAUUUUUCACGGAGAGCACUGUAUUGAUAUAAUAACAGAGGUCAUGCAUGGAAUACUUUCCCAUUCAAGACAUGUUUACGGAAUCGUUCUUUGUGCUCUAAAUUGAUUACCUGAAACGGAGACUGGAACACAUUACUUUAGAUGUGUGUGGUUAUUGGAUAGCUGUCGUUGUUCUGCUUGUGGUUUGUGUGACUUUAAGGGUGGAGAGCAGUCUCUUGUGGUAUAAGGGUUGAACUGAUGUGAUUUUUGAAGCUUAGUAUAGACUUUGGGUGAAUUAAUUUCACUUGGACAUAAGAUAACGCAGUGGUGUCGAUAACUGCAGUGAAGCCAGUUUUCCUUCUAUCAAGGAAUUUCUUCCAUUUGAACCAACUAAUUUCUGCCCAUGUAGGACUGAUCAUUAUGAAUAUGGAGGCCUGAAACCUUUGCUUAUCUGUCUAACAAUUGUCAUGUGUAUGAGAAUGUUGGCCUGAGUAAUGUAUUACUCAUUCACAUAGCCCCAUUGAGCUUGAGCCAUCAUAUAGGGUGUCUAAUGCAUUUAAAAAAAAAAAAAUGUAUUUGUAUACAGUAAGCCUUUUUAAGGAGCUUAUGUGUCGUUGGUGAAUCAUGCAUGCUUAUUGUGUUGUAGGAUUAUAAUCACACUGUCAUGCUUUGAUAAGGCCUUUUAUUUUUUUUCAAAUGUAUUUUAAACAUCUGUUGAUAUGAUGUAAAUCGUCUGUGAUGUGAUUACUACAUUUGGCUUUUAUAUGUUGGUCCCAUUUCAGAGGAGCGAGUGGUUGCACGUAGGUCGGUUGAGUUUGCGUCUUCGCAUGAGUCUGUACGUGACAGAAAGUAAGUUAAACCCAGGUGGUGAAAUGUGCGCAUAUAGGAAUUGUGAGAUGAAGUCAAAACAUGUUUGCGGCUCUUGUCACUUCAGUGUAUUUUUACCUACUAGCACUACGUAUGUGUUUGUCCCUUGUGCAAAUGUCAGUCCACUGUGUUUGUGUGUGUGCUUGUGUGUUCAGUGAUUUGUUUGACAGAGAGCACCCAGCUGUGCCUGGUGGCUUAUCCUCUUCCAUAGGGUUAAAGAGAAGCCUGCGUAUGCUCUCUGCUACAAACGAUGCACUGAAUAUCUAAAUCUUUUUUUUUUUUUUUUUUUGCUGUACAGUUCUUUUCAUGUUUAUUUUUCACAGGUUUCUUGUCACUCUGACAUCUAAAGCCCACUGUAUUAUAAUGCACUCCAAUUAUGUUCACCGAUGUGUUUUGAUUGACAGUGGAAGCGACCAAUUACGGCUAAUCAGCCAGAGGCUGUUUUCGAUGGUUAAUUAGACAUGCUGGUGAGAGUUGAGCCGUGCACAGUGAACCUUUUGACCUUCCCCGUCCCCGUCUGGACUCAUUAUAAGUUUGCCUACCAUUUUGUGUUUCAUGUAGUUUGUUAUGCGUGUACUACGAAAGCUGUUAACACUCCUCUUACUGUAAAAUAAAUUAACUGGGACCCA